AGAAAAACAUUCCAAUAUGUUAUUUUUGCUUUUGGAGCAUCCAAGCGAUCAGUAGCUCUUGCUGCACACGCCGUGGCUUGGCUCGUAGCUCUUGUCCGAGUACAGUUUUAGUUUAGCUUCAAAACAGCAGAAACAAGACCACAGAUCAGAAACAAUUGAAUUGAUUCCAUUCCGAGGGAGAAAAAAUGUUCCCCCAAUUCGGAGCGACGGCGGAAUCUCUGACCAAGGCGUCGACGGCGGUGCUCCGGAUCGGCACCGACGCCCACCUAUACGACGAUCCCGAAGACGUCAACAUCGCUCCUCUCCUCGACAGCAAGUUCGAUUCCGAGAAGUGCGAAGCUCUCAAGCGCUUGCUCGCUCUCAUCGCUCAGGGCUUCGACGUCUCCAACUUCUUCCCGCAGGUUGUUAAAAAUGUCGCGUCUCAGUCGUUGGAAGUGAAGAAGCUGGUCUACUUGUACCUCCUGCACUAUGCUGAAAAGCGUCCAAAUGAGGCGUUGCUGUCGAUUAAUUGCUUCCAGAAGGACCUUGGGGACACAAAUCCGUUGGUGAGGGCAUGGGCACUACGUGCCAUGGCUGGAAUCCGCCUUCAUGUAAUUGCACCGCUUGUUAUUGUUGCGGUGCAAAAAUGUGCAAGAGAUCCAUCUGUCUAUGUUAGAAAAUGUGCUGCUAAUGCUCUUCCCAAGCUUCAUGAUUUGCGGAUGGAGGAACAUGCUUCUGCAAUUGAAGAGAUUGUUGGACUACUUUUAAAUGACCAUUCCCCAGGAGUUGUUGGAGCUGCUGCAUCUGCCUUUACUUCUGUUUGCCCCAACAAUUUUUCAUUGAUUGGAAGAAAUUACAAACGGUUGUGUGAGAUUCUUCCUGAUGUGGAAGAGUGGGGUCAAAUAAUUUUAAUUGGGAUUCUUCUGCGGUAUGUGAUAGCAAGGCUUGGGCUUGUCAAAGAAUCUAUCAUGUUUUCUUUGUUUAAUAAAGACAUUGAAAAUUUAGAGGAAGAUGAAUCCUACAUCACUUCAAAUGAGGAGGCUGGUUAUGCCAUUGAUAAUAAUGUAUCUGAAUUGGGCAAUAUGAUCUUCCAAUGUUACAUAGAAGGGCCAGAUGAGUACUUAUCACGCUCAAGUUCUACAAAUAGGGUUGCUCCUAAAUUAGAUGUAUCACAAUUUACAUCUUGCAGUAACGAAGUUGUGAAGAUCCUGCUGCAGUGUACAUCACCAUUGUUAUGGAGUAAUAACAGUGCAGUUGUUCUUGCAGCUGCUGGUGUACACUGGAUAAUGGCUUCUAAGGAGCACGUCAAAAGAAUUGUUAAACCACUCUUGUUUGUCCUGCGAUCAUCGUCUGCCUCAAGAUAUGUCGUAUUGUGCAAUAUCCAAGUGUUUGCUAAAGCUAUGCCAUCUCUCUUUGCUCCACACUAUCAAGAUUUUUUCAUAUGCUCUUCAGAUUCCUAUCAGAUAAAGGCACUGAAGCUGGAUAUACUUUCUUCUAUUGUCACUGAUUCAUCCAUUUCCUUCAUUUAUAAAGAGUUUCAGGAUUAUAUCAGGGAUCCGGAUAGGAGAUUUGCUGCUGACACAGUUGCUGCCAUUGGUCUAUGUGCUCAGCGACUUCCAAAAAUGGCAACUUCAUGCUUGGAAGGAUUGUUGACUCUGGUUGGACAAGAAUUUUUUUGUGGUGAAAUUAGAUCCUUGGAUGGAGAAGAGGGUGUGCUAGUUCAGGCAAUUAUAUCUAUCAAAUCAAUUAUAAAAUUAGAACCACCCAGUUAUGAGAAGGUUAUAAUUCAGUUAGUCCGUAGCUUGGAUAAAAUCAAGGUUCCUGCUGCCCGUGCGAUGAUUAUUUGGAUGUUGGGGGAGUAUUGCUCUUUGGGUGAGAUAAUUCCAAGGAUGUUGAGUACCGUACUUAAGUAUCUUGCUUGGUCUUUUACAUCUGAAGCAUUAGAAGCUAAGCUUCAGAUUCUUAAUACAACUGCAAAGGUCUUAUUGUGCAUUAAGGGAGAAGAUAUUUUGACCAUGAGAAAAAUUUGGAGUUAUGUAAUUGAACUGGCUGAAUGUGACCUUAAAUAUGAUAUUCGUGAUCGUGCACGUUUCUUAAAGAAACUUCUCUCUAGUAAUUUGGAGUCUCAACAUGGGGAGGAAGAAAAUAGUGAAUCACAAAAAAGAGACCAGUCCUAUAUACUGGCAGAAUGCAUAUUGGGCGGACAGACAAAAGCUGUGACCGUUCAAUCUGAACCUAUUGAUUUCCGGUUUUAUCUCCCGGGCUCUCUUUCACAGUUAGUAUUCCAUGCAGCUCCAGGUUAUGAGCCUCUCCCAAAACCUUGUAGCUUGCCAUACACUGAUCUUGAUCAGUAUGAUGGAGCUACUAAGAGUGAUUCAGAUGAGGAGGAUCCAGGAACAUCUGGAUCUUUGGAUGAGGAAAGUGCUUCUAAUUAUAGUUCUGAACAGUCUAUUACUGGUUCAGGCAAUGCCAGUGACAGUGAUGAAUCUGUUUCUGGUAAUGAAGGUGAAGAUAAUGCUAAACCAUUGAUUCAGAUUUCAGACACCAGCAAUGUUUGUGACACUGGUUUUCGGGACUUGAUGUCAACGAAGUCUCUUGAGUCUUGGUUAGAUGAACCGACCAGGUCAUCUAAAGGAAGUGAGAUAAAACAAAGCCAAAUUCGAAGUUCUUCAGCAAGAAUAACCAUCGGAAAUAUUGGCAGCCGAGUAAAACCCAAAUGCUACACUCUCUUAGAUCCUGCAAAUGGAAAUGGGUUAAGGGUGAAUUAUUCAUUUUCAUCUGAGACUUCUAGCAUAUCCUCUCACCUUGUAUGUUUGGAAGUAUUGUUUGAAAAUUGUUCUCUGGAGCCCAUGUUUGAUAUAGUCUUGAUAGAUGAAGAUUAUAGCAAAAGCUCUGAUUCUACCAAUCAAACAUCACCAACAACUGAAAAUACCUUGAAAUUUCAUGUUGAUAAACCAGCACUGAUUUCCAUGGAGGAAAUCCCUUCUCUGGAGCCUGGUCAGACAGCAAAGCGGACUCUGCUAGUUCGUUUCCAUCACCACCUUUUGCCUCUGAAACUGGCUUUAUUUUGCAAUGACAAGAAAUUCCCUGUCAAGUUAAGGCCCGACAUAGGAUACUUUGUGAAACCACUUCCCAUCAGUAUUGAAGAUUUCAGAGAUAAGGAAUCUCGCCUUCCAGGGAUGUUUGAAUAUGUGAGGAGUUGCACCUUUACUGAUCACAUUCUAGAGCUGAACAAGGGCAGCAACUCUUUGACAGAGGACAAAUUCCUCGUGAUUUGUGAAACGAUAGCACUAAAGAUGCUGAGCAAUGCAAAUCUUUCUCUUGUAUCUGUGGAUAUGCCGGUUGCUGCCAACCUUGAUGAUGCAUCUGGUUUAUGUUUGCGUUUCAGCAGUGAGAUCUUGAGCAAUUCCAUGCCAUGCUUAAUUACAGUUACUGUUGAAGGUAAAUGCUCCGACCCAUUAAUUGUUUCUGUAAAAGUUAACUGUGAAGAGACCGUAUUUGGCUUAAAUUUGUUGAAUAGGGUUGUCAAUUUCUUAGUUGAGCCGUCUGUUACCCAGUUAUAAGAUUUGACGGAAAAUUUAUUGGAUUUUUUUAAUAGCUUUUUGUGAGGUAUGUAAUUCCGAAUUUUCUUUUUUAUAUAUUGUUCGGAAAGAGUAAAAAACGGGUGGGCUGCCGGGACGAGUGACUAUAAUCCCUUUUAUGUUUAAUCUCUAAUUUUCCAUUGACGUUAUGUCUCCGCAAUUCUAAUUACUCAAUAUUAUUGAAUGAAUUUACACGCAAUAAAUUUAUCCAUUAA